AUGGUGAUCAACAUAUAUAAGAUGCUAAACUUGAGGAAAGAAUUUUCUGCUCAACUAUGGUACAGAUUUCUGCUUCCGUUAGGGCUUUUAGUGGAGACGGUCUCAUCUGAGAAGAUGGUGAAAGGUUUGGUUAAUGAGUUUUUCCCUGAUGAGUAUGUUUGCGAUUUGCUUAUUAAGGGGUGGUAUGUGGAUGGGAAGCUUGAAGAGGCUAGGAGAUUGGCUGGGGAGAUGUGUAGGGGAGGGUUUGAGAUUGGGACUAGUGCCUUCAAUGCCAUUCUUGAUUGCGUGUGUAAGCUUUGCAGGAAAAAGGACCCCUUUCGGCUUCAUUUUGAGGCUGAGCAGAUUUUGGUGGAUAUGGAGUUCCAUGGUGUGCCGAGAAAUGUGGAGACUUUCAAUGUGCUGAUUACUAAUUUGUGUAAGAUUAGGAAGACCGAGGACGCAUUGAAUUUGUUUCAUAGAAUGGGGGAGUGGGGGUGUUCUCCUAACGAGACUACAUUUCUUGAAACUUGA